AUGUUACAUAAAUUUCGAUUUCCAUCAUUCAUAAUGAAUGGAAACUUUUAUACCAUCAUUAAAAAUAAUAAUAAUAAUCAUUUUCAAUCGAUUAGAUUGAUGUCGAUUGCAAAAAAUGUUGAUCAAGUAUCGCCAUCAUCAUCGGAUACAGCAUUCAAAAUUGAACAUGAUGUUAAACAACAAAAAUUUCGUAUAAACUUUGACCCAGACAAUGAAGCAUUCAUUAAAUAUGAACGUCUUGGCAAUAAUGAAGUAUUGUUACACCAUACUGAAGUACCGGAACAAUUUCGUAGUACUGGUAUUGCAAAAAAUUUAGCAAUGGAAGCAUUCAAACAUUUUGAUGAUACACAACAGAAAAUGAUCAUCACUUGUACAUAUCUACAAAAAGUGGAUAAAAAACGUAAAAAUGUUGUUGUCAAUUAAACCCGGUGUUAAUAGAGAUUAUUUGUUAUUUGUUGCCUAACCACCCACACCACCACCACCCCAGUCCUGCAAUGUAAUUUGGAUUGAUUGAUACAAAAAAAAAAAAAUAAAACAUGUGCUUCCAAAAUAUUUGUGGCCAAUAUAUAUAUAUAGAUCAAUCAAUAAUAAUAAUUCAACUUUAAAUGACAGAAAAAAAAAAUUCGUUUUGUUGUUUUUCUGAAGCAAUAAAAAAAAUAUUUCCGAUCAUCGUCAAUAGAUGGCGCACCAUUUCCCAUUUUUUUUGAUUUUUAAAUUUUAUAUAUAUUUCUUGAAUUGACUGAAAUUAUUUAAAUUUAAAAACAA